AAGGCGAGAUGCGUUCGGUUCCUUCGUGUGUGUGAAAUAUCCUCGUAUCGUUACAAGAUGCCCAGGAACGAUGCAAGUCGUAUAAAUACAGUCGCGACGCGAGACGAAUAGUCCAGUUGCGAUAGACGAUCCGUUUGUUUAACUAGUGGAAAAUAACGUUCGAACACCGUUCCAACCAUGAGAGGAUUUACCUUUGUGCUUAUCGCGGUAUUCGCUGUUCUCCAGAUGGUAGCUGGAAACAUGGAGAAAUGGAAACAGUACACGGAGGAAUGUGCCCAGGAAUUGGAAAUUACACCAGAUAUGAUUGCGGAAGUCCAAGGCACGGAUGAGCUGCGCGUUGACAGAACAAUCAAAUGUUUCUUGGCCUGCGCGCUUGAGAAAGCAGGUGUUCUUAAGGAUGAAAAGCUGCAAAAGGACGUGAUCGAUACGAUCUCAAAGCACAUGGAGGAAUCCGGCGAGAUGCCAGGAGCAGUCAGGAUCGCUAAUAAAUGCUACGAGGAAGCCAUCGGCGAGACCGAAAGAUGCAACAUUGCUGGAGUUUUGAUGAAAUGUGUUCAUCAUGAGAAGCAGUCUGGAUUGGCGGAUUAAAAUGGAGGAAA